AUCUUCUCAGUCGUCGAACUCCACGGCUAGCGAGCGGAUCGCCCAUCGAGUGCAACAAGCAAUUACCGAAAGCGCGACAAGCCGAAUUCGAAAAUAUAAACAGUGCUUGCCAUUGUGCCGGGAAAGUGUAGUUGGGGUUUUUUUCUGUUUCUGUGACAGUACGCUCUAGAUUAUAGAUCCUUACACAAUGGAGAUGAACGUAACGAGUCGGUUUAGUGAGUUGGAAAAUCUCUACACCCUGCUAGUGGAAAAGUUAUCAGACCAAAGAACAGAACCAUUGCCAUUAGUUUAUAGUCCUAUGUGGCCAAUUUCUAUACUUUUGUUUUAUUUUGGCUCCGUUUAUGUUUGGGUUCCCAGGUUUAUGAAAAACCGAAAACCCUUCGAGUUGAGAAACUUUAUGAUCGGCUAUAAUCUGUUCCAAGUGAUCGCAUGUUAUCUACUGAUCCGGCAUUUCUUCAAACAUGGAUGGACAUUUCGGUACCUUUACACCUGUAAGCUACCGGACUUUUCCAACGAUUACGAAGCAAUUGGUUUCAUGUACGGCUCCUAUUUCAAUUAUGUGAUAAAAAUGAUUGAACUUAUCGAGACAGUGUUAUUCGCCCUACGAAAGAAACAAAGCCAAAUCAGUUUCCUGCACGUGUAUCACCACGCCUGUACUUUUGCAAUAGCUUGGAUUUUCGUUAAAUAUGUCGGAGGGAGCAUGUUGACCUAUACUAUUAUAGUCAACUCGACAGUGCACAUGUUCAUGUAUUCUUACUAUUUGAUUGCCAUUUUCUCCAAACAUUUGCCGUUCAAACUAAACCGCGUGAAGAAAUUCAUAACAGUGCUCCAAAUUGUUCAGUUGAUGAGCAUCUUGGUCAACGUGGGAUUUGCCAUGCGUAGCAGCUGUUUGAUACCGCCAGUUUACAUUUGCAUUUAUCUACCUUACAUGCUGAUUCUAUUGUCAAUGUUUUUCAGUUUUUACUUCAAAACUUACACGAUAAAUAAGGCUCAGCGACUAGCUGGCAUCAACAAACAAACGGGCGAAGAAUUAUUGAAAAAAGAAAUAUAGAAUUGAAUAUUCCUCGU